AAAAAAAACGGCAUGUGGUAUGCAUCGCCUGGCAACCAAGGUUGGGGCUCAAAACCAACCAGUCGUAAACCAUCAAUUAUGGAAGCGGAUUUGGGUACAUUAUCAACCACAUCAGGUUCGAUAAAACGCAGUGCCGGACGUGUGAUACGUAUUAUCAAUAAUUUAGAUCAUUCAGUUCAGUGUCGCGUCCUGCUUAAUUUGCGCACUUCGCAGCCAUUUGAAGAGGUGUUAGAAGAUUUAGGUCAAGUACUAAAAAUUAAUGGAGCUAAAAAAAUGUAUACAGGAACGGGGCAAGAGGUGCGCAGUUUCUCUCAAUUGCGCAAUGAGUUUGCCGAUGUGGAUACUUUUUAUUUAGCUACGGGGACUGCGUUAAUUGCCGGUUCACCUAUACGAAGAUCACGUUCAAGACCGUCAGUUGUGGCUGCCGCCCCUGUGCUUCCAACAGAGGAUGUUCAGAAAGUUCCUUUACGUGGUGCUCGACCACGCAGUAAGUCGCGUCCUCGUAUAUUGUAUGCGCCCGAAAGUGAAAUUUUACGCACAAACGGUGAAUAUACCAUGUUGGAUAUUAUGAAAGAGGACCCCACAAAAGUAACUAUAAGAGGUCUAAGGCGCACUUUUUAUCCACCAGCACAUCAUGCACCCGCAGAUAAUACACCGCCAGAUAAAAAACUACAGCUACAAUGGGUUCACGGUUAUCGUGGUAUUGAUGCCAGACGUAAUCUUUGGGUUUUGCCAUCCGGCGAACUAUUGUAUUACGUGGCUGCCGUAGCUAUUUUAUUAGAUCGAGAUGAAGAUGCACAACGACAUUAUAUUGGCCACACCGAGGACAUUAUGUGCAUGGACAUUCAUCCAUCACGGGAACUAGUGGCUUCGGGGCAAAAAGCUGGCCGUGACCGCAAAUCCCAGGCUCAUGUACGUAUUUGGAGUACCGAAUCCCUGCAGACUCUUUACGUUUUCGGCAUGGGUGAACUAGAUAUGGGUGUCACCGCGGUGGCUUUUUCACAACUGAAUGGAGGCAGCUACAUAUUGGCAGUAGACAGUGGACGUGAAAGUAUACUCUCCGUCUGGCAAUGGCAAUGGGGCCAUUUAUUGGGUAAAGUAGCAACUUUACAAGAGGGCUUGUCCGGAGCGGCUUUUCAUCCAUUGGAUGAUAAUUUAAUAAUAACUCAUGGACGCGGGCAUUUAGCAUUUUGGCAUAGACGUAAAGAUGGUUUUUUUGAGCGUACUGACAUAGUGAAGCAGCCAUCAAGAUCUCACGUUACCUCAGUGCAAUUUGAACCGGACGGUGAUGUUAUCACCGCCGACUCAGACGGUUUCAUAACAAUUUAUUCGGUAGAUUCAGACGGAGCUUAUUUCGUACGGACUGAAUUUGAAGCGCACACCAAAGGUAUUGGUUGCUUAAUUAUGUUGGGCGAAGGUACUUUAUUAUCAGGUGGCGAAAAAGAUCGCAAAAUAGCAGCGUGGGACUCCUUACAGAAUUAUAAAAAAAUUGCUGACACCAAGCUACCAGAAUCCGCUGGCGGAGUACGCACCAUUUAUCCCCAACGUCCUGGCCGUAAUGAUGGCAACAUUUACGUGGGCACUACACGAAAUAAUAUACUUGAGGGAUCCCUACAGAGGCGAUUCACACAAGUCGUUUUCGGCCACGGUCGCCAGUUGUGGGGCUUAGCAGCCCAUCCAGAAGAUGAACUCUUCGCUACUGCCGGCCACGAUAAACAUAUAGCUUUGUGGCGUAAGAGCAAAUUAAUAUGGACCAUUCAGACGGGAUAUGAAUGCGUAUCAUUGGCUUUUCAUCCGUUUGGUACGGCCCUAGCUGCAGGCAGCACCGAGGGUCAUCUAUUGGUUAUCAAUUGUGAAAAUGGAGCCGUUAUGUUAACUUUACGCGUGUGCGGUUCACCUAUUAACUGUGUAGCUUACAAUCAAGUGGGUGAUAUGAUCGCCAUGGGUUCACAAAACGGUAGCAUUUAUUUGUUUCGUGUAUCACGUGAUGGAUUUUCUUAUAAAAAAGUAAACAAGAUACGUGGUUCUCAGCCUUUGACACAUCUAGACUGGAGUAUGGAUGGAAAUUUCGUUCAAACGGUUACCAUAGAUUUUGAUCUGUUAUUCUGGGAUGCUAAGUCGCUAUCACCCGAACGAAGUCCAAUUGCCAUGAAAGAUGUAAAAUGGUUAAGCAGUAAUUGUACAGUUGGCUAUUUAGUUGCUGGCAUGUGGAGCAACCGUUAUUACAGUAAUUCAAACACAAUAAUUACAACCUGUAGCCGCUCAGCCUCUCAAGAUAUGUUAAUAUCUGGGGAUGCUGACGGUUAUAUAAGAUUAUUUAGAUAUCCCUGCAUGAGCCCUAGAGCUGAAUUUCAUGAAGCUAAGGUGUAUUCGGGGAUGGUGGCUUGCGCUCGUUUCUUAUACGGCGAUCAUACCAUUGUUACUGUAGGUGGUACCGAUGCCUCUUUGAUGGUGUGGGAUUUAAUAGAAGAAUAGCUGAAAUGGCCACCGUGGCGCGCUCCUGCACAAUACGAGGCUCGCUAUGCGGAUUAUUGGUCUCAAAGACGCAGCUCCAAACAAUCUUCUACAUUUGUGGAUAGUGAUUCUUUGGAGUAUCAAUAGCUUGAAGAGAGCAUUCUAUUUAUGCAAGAUGUAUUGAUUGCUCUUCCAUUUAUAAUUAGUUUAUGAAAAAUGUUUUUAGAGAUAUUCGAAAAAUUAAAAAAAUUGCAUUAUUGGAAAAUUUUAAAAUUCUC